AUGAACACAAGCACCUCCUUUACUUGUACAUGGCGGCGGCGGCCCAAACACACUAGAUGCCCGAGGUCUUCAGUGCGGGAUCCAUGGAGAUGCGCAACUGAGCGGCGGCACCGGCGGGGGGUUGGAAGUGCCCUAUUAAACUUGGGCUGGCAGCGGGGUUAUGUCAAGUUUAAGACGGACACAACCUCAAUUACUAACAUACCCUCUGCAAUAUAUUUCUCAGAGAAUGAAAGAUCAAGUGACUCUUCUGGAAAGGUUGAGAAGGUGAGGCCCAUGAAGGUUGAAAAGAAUUCUGCAUCAACAAGCAUGAAGGUUGAGAAAAGAGAUGUGGAUGCUAGGAGUCAGAAGCCUGACAAUGUCAAAGUUGAGAAGACCGCUAGCAAUGGUUCCAGAACUCAAUCUGUGAAGGUUGAAAGGGUAUCCAAAGAAGUCAGUAGAACUCCUGAUGCAAAGAAGCCAGCAUCCACCCCCAGCGGUCCCCCAAAGCUUACAUCUCUUGUCAAAUGCAAUGAUCCUACCCGAGAUAAAAUCCGGGAACUACUUGCUGAAGCUUUUGCAAAGGUUUCCAGAGAGACUAGUAAUGAUGACCGAGAUGAAGUGAGAAACAUCUUGGAUGAAGUUGAUGCAUGUGACCCAUUCAGAGUUGCUGUGAAAGUAGAGUCUGCACUAUUUGAGAGGCUUGGACGUUCCACCGGGGCUCAUAAGACAAAAUAUAGGUCAAUCAUGUUCAACCUGAGGGCUGAAAACAACACUGAUUUCCGGAGAAGGGUUCUUAUUGGUGAAGUGACGCCAGAGGGGCUUCCAGACAUAUCUCCUGAUGAGAUGGCUAGUGAUGCAAGGAAGCAAGAGAAUAUGCAGAUUAAGGAGAAGGCUCUGUUUGAGUGUGAGCGGGGAGGAGCACCGAAGGCAACGACGGAUCAGUUCAAGUGUGGCAGAUGUGGUCAGCGGAAGACAACUUACUAUCAGCUGCAGACUCGGAGUGCUGAUGAACCGAUGACGACAUUUGUCACAUUUAGCUCUGUGACUCAAAGUUCGACAGGGCAGGCUGAACUCAGUUUUUUCAAAAGGUGUGACAGGAAGGGUGUCCCCUGGACUGGACAGCCGGCGCCCGGCGGUGUGCUCGUGUGGAAACUGGAAACCCGCCCUACUGGCUACUGGGUAUAUUCUUCCGACAAGAGAAUAGAAGAGAGAAGAAAGAAAAGAGAAGAGAACAAAUCUGAUGCUCUCGGCACAUUAGCUGAAAACGAAUGUUCAUGGCUUCCAGCUUACAGUCGAGAGUGCCAUUUGUAUGGGGCACUGAUCAAGAAGUUGUAUGAGGUGGUGUUGAGUCUCUCUGCGACCAAAGCAGCCAGGGUGAUGGCUGCUGCUUCUGCCAUUAAGACAGUCUGUGAAGGGAAGCUGAAGCUGUGCCUGAAUGUAACGGUCCAAGUUUGA